AUGGAGCGAAUGGACUUCUUCGUUAGACGCGAUGAGAUAAUCAAGGAAAGGCGCCGUCUACUACGAGAAAAGAAUGGAUACGUCCCCGGGGCCCAUAGGGAGGAAGACAGCAUCCGAAAUAAAGACAAGAAGCUCGACGAGACCAAGCAAAUACACAAAGAGACGCUGGACCUCUGGCUCGAUUCAAACAUUACAAAACUGUUCCCGGAUGUUCCCCUCCGAGCCAUGAUGUGGUUAAGGAAUUCAUUCGCUGGUGUGUGA